CAUUUUUGCCCUCACUCAGACGCCGUCCAAUACACGCCUCUGAUUGGUCAAUCAGUGCCCCAUGCUUAACAAACGUUUGGACGUCGUUCACGGAUCAUAGUCAAGAUGAGUCUGAGAAAGCAGACCCCGAGUGACUUCCUGAAGCAAAUAAUCGGGAGACCUGUGGUCGUCAAACUUAACUCUGGUGUCGAUUACAGAGGUGUCCUGGCCUGCCUGGAUGGUUACAUGAACAUUGCCAUCGAGCAGACUGAAGAGUACGUUAACGGGCAGCUGAAGAACAAGUAUGGAGAUGCUUUUCUUAGGGGAAACAAUGUUCUGUACAUCAGCACCCAGAAGAGGAAAGUGUAGUGAAGAUCAUUCUGUUUUUUUAUUUUUAUUAUCCAGUGUUGGACGUGUCGGUAGACAAAUGCCCUAUUUUUUCUUAGUUUUUUUUUUUUUUUUCCACUUUGGUUAUGUAAAGUCUGAAUUCCAGAAAAAUAUUUGUUUUUGUAAAAUUGGAAUAAGUUAAUAAAUGCUGAGUUCUGAUUUA